AUGACCACAAAAACCCAAACCCCCAAAAGUACCCAACACACAUACACCUACACCCACCACCCCCCAUCCCAAGAAAACGGGAAUAAACACAAACCAACAAUCCUCCUCCUCCACGGCUUCCCCUCAACAUCCUACGACUGGCGCCACCAAAUCCCCUACCUCUCAUCACUCGGUUAUGGAGUAAUCGCCCCAGACCUUCUCGGGUAUGGCGGCACAAGCAAGCCCACUGACCUCGCCGCAUACAAAACCAAAUCCAUGGCCGCGGAGAUAAUUUCCAUCCUGGACGCUGAGGGGGUCGACAAAGUCCACGCUGUGGGACACGAUACGGGGUGCACGCUUCUGUCUCGAUUAGCAGAUUACUUUCCGGAGAGGUUGCUGUCGUGUGUGUUCCUGGACGUGCCGUAUAUGAGGCCCGGGGAGAGGUUUGAUCUGGAUAUUGUUAAUACGGUUACGAGGGAUAUCUUAGGGCUUGAGAGGUUUGGGUAUGUGGGCUUUUUUGCUGGAGAGGAAAGUGGGGGUUUGUUGGAUCAGUUUGCUGAUUCGUUCUUCACCCUCUUCUACCCCCACUCACCCUCACUAUGGACAUCACACCUCUGCCCAACAGGAGCAAUAGAGAAAUGGCUUCGAUCCGAUCACCGAGCCCCAUUAGCUCCCUACAUUACCGAAGAAGAAUUCAAAACCCACCAAAACCUCCUAGUCGGUAACCACGACUCGGCACUGAAUUGGUACCGGGCUCUAGUCUCGAAUAUCAACUUAGAAGAUGAGGAAGAGGCCAAUAUUACGCCCUCACUUUCUAUACCCGUUCUCUUGAUUUGUCCAAGGAAGUCGGAGUUGGAGGUGCCCGGUCUUGAGGAGGGGAUGAGGGCUGUUUGUGCUGGCGAUUUGGUGGUAAAGAGGGUUUCGACGGAGGGACAUUGGGUGCAAUUGGAGGCGAGGGAGGAGGUGAAUCAGAUUAUUGGGGAGUUUUUGGAAGGGGUUAGGGUUUAA